ACCGGACGCUGGAUACCGCCAUCGUUGCGUCCACAGCAUGGCCUAACGCAGAGCGAGAAGAACGAUGCAGUUUUCCGACGUGUCCGUGGCAUAUUGAACAAAUUGACGCCCGAGAAAUUCCAAGAGUUGAGCGAUGAGCUGCUGAAGCUAGAUCUGAAUUCGAUUGUCAUACUGAACGGUGUCAUCUUACUGAUCUUCGACAAAGCCUUGGACGAGCCGAAGUACUCGUCUAUGUAUGCACAGCUGUGCAAGCGUUUGUCCGAGGAAGCGCCAUCAUUUGAAAAGGAUCCAAAUAAUUCGUGCACAUUUCUACGUCUUCUGAUUGCCGUCUGUCGCGACAAGUUCAACAAUCGCUUGAAGCGCGAUGAGGCCAACGAUAAUCGACCACCGCCCGAGAAUGAGGCCGAUGAGGAGGAGCGACGCCAUCUGGCCAAGCAGAGAAUGCUGGGCAAUGUUAAAUUCAUUGGUGAACUCAACAAGUUGGAUAUGCUGUCGAAGCAUGUGUUGCACGCAUGCAUUAUGGAGCUAUUGGAUAAGAAGAAGAAACGUACGGCCGGGGCGCAAGAGAUGUGCGAGGACAUGGAAUGCCUGGCUCAAUUGCUCAAGACUUGCGGCAAGAAUCUGGAUUCAGAACAGGGCAAAGAGCUGAUGAACCAGUAUUUUGAGACGUUGGAACGUCGUUCAAAAUCAACUGAAUAUCCACCAAGGAUACGCUUUAUGCUAAAGGAUGUCAUCGAGUUGCGUCAAAACAAUUGGAUACCGCGCAAGGUCGGCGGCAGCUCCGAAGGACCCGUCCCGAUAAAGCAAAUACGCUCGGACGAUGACUCCAUCAUACGCACCCAAUUCGCCAAUCGCAACCGCGACAUGCGCAACAAUGAUCGCGACGGCGAUAGCUGGAUGAAUCGCUUCCAUUUGAAUAUACAGCCUGGCGGCUACAAUGAUAUGUUUAGCGGACUCAGUGUUACGGGCGCAUCGCCCAUUGUAUCACCCUUUGCCACAAGCAACAAUCGGGAUCGGGAUCGUGAUCGCGACAAUCGCCAAUACAGUAAUCGUGAUCGUAACCGUGACCAGGGCGGCAACAGCGGUGGAGGCGGCGGCGGCAGCGGCGGUGGCAACUACGGCAACAAUCGCUACAACAAGCACAACAACCAGAAUGGAUCUGGCGGCGGCGGCAGCAGCAACAAUCGCGAUGAUUCACGUGGCGGCGGCAGUGGCGGCUCGCAUCGUAACAAUGAUCGCAACAACGAUCGGAACAAUGAUGGCCAGUACGGCGGAGGCGGCACUCAAAUGAUGCUGGGCGGCAAGGAGUUGGCGCCACGUUUCAAGCGCAACUUGAUAUCGACGAAUCAGGAUUCGGUUGAGAAUCUGCAAAUGCGUCCAGCAGCCAAUUCGUUGCUGUUCCGCGCCGCGUCGCAGAAUCAGAAAUUCCCGGCCACUCUGCCCAUUUCGACGCCGCCGAGCGGCAACAGCAGCAGCUCAUCUGCACAGCAAUCGGCCACAUCGCAGCUGUCCAAUUCGCACUAUCCAUUGCUGGGCACACCCACAUCACAUCUGAUCAACACUCCGGUGCGGCCAUCGUCUACGCCCUCGGCGGAAUAUGGUAUCGAGAAUCGUGGACUGCACGCAGUGCAGCAGCUGGGCGAGAAGAGCCUGAAGGCAACAUCGUCGUCGCCCAAUUUCGGUCAAUCGGCAGCCAUGGAGCAGGACAAGAAGUUAACAGCAGGAUUAGCAGCAGGUGGUAAUGAUAAUAAGGAGCAGCAGCAGCAGCAGCUGGGAGCCAAUGCCAAGAAUGGCGGCACCGACCGACCGACAACACCAUCAGGCUCCGGCUCCGGCAAGCAGCAGAAGAAGGACAAGGGACCAAGCAAGGAAGAGUUGUCCAAGAAGGCGCAAGCCUAUUUCAAGGAGAAAUUCUACUAUGAGGAGAAGCAGGAAGCGGAUGAUGAGCCGAUUGUAAAGCAGGAAAUCGCAAAUGAAGAUGAACAACAAACCGAAUCGGAAACAGUGGAGGCCGUCAAUGGACAACGCGAUCAGUUUACGGAAUUGGUCGAAGGAUUUAUUGAGCUAAAACUACCGGAAAAAUCGCUCAAGGAUGUCUGUCUCAAUCUAUUGAUGGAGGUGCUUGACCGUGUCAACGACGUCUAUUUGGAACGUGUCGUGCGCUUCUUGCAGACAUUGCGCAAACAGGCCAACAUCAAGCCAAAUAUCAUCGUUGAGAUCUUCAAGCAGUUGGUCAACAAGAUGAACGAGCGCGAGGCACUGAACCCACGCAUCACAGCCCUGGUCGCCUCCGUGCUCAGCAAGGCCGUAUGCGAGCCGGCUCUGAUAAAGCUUAACGACAUUGCCAACUACACGGACAAUGGACAACAUUAUCCAUUGUUUUUGCUGGUGCUGCAGCAGCUGCACAAGACCAUUGGCAAGGAUGCGCUGGAGGAGAAGUUCCGUGCUAGCAAAAUUGAUUUGAUGAACAGCCUGCCCGAGGUGGAUCGCAACAAGGAACGUUUGGCCGAAAUUCUAGAGGAUCGACAGCUGUCCUUCCUCUAUCCAUUGCUCAAGGUGCAGGCAGAGAUGCUGAAGCAGCUGCAAAACGAUCCCAAUCCAAACAAUUUCUACAAGUGGAUCAAGGCUAAUGUGGAUAACAAGUACUACAAGGACCCAGGCUUCAUCCAGGCACUCAUGACCGUUGUGGUCAAAUACAUCACCAAGGAGACAACAUUGGCUAGCAACGUGGACCCCAAGGAGCAUCCCGAGAAAUCAAUAAUACAAAAGGAACAAAACAUGCUGGAGACCUACAGCCAGAUGCUGCAAACUUUCCUAGGUCAAAACGAAUUGCAAUUGAUGGCGCUUUAUGCACUGCAGACUUUCUGUUAUAACGAGAACUUCCCCAAGGGCAUGCUUUGUCGCUGGUUUAAAUAUCUCUACGACUUCGAAAUCAUUGAGGAGGAAGCAUUCGUUUUAUGGAAGGAGGAGAUAUCGGACAAAUAUCCAGGCAAGGGCUCAGCAUUGUUCCAGGUGAACGCCUGGUUGACCUGGUUGCAGGAAGCUGAAUCCGAGGAUGACGAAGAUUAAAGCGCCCCAUAAUCAAUAAACGAUGCAUAAUAACCCAACACACACACUAUA